GAACUACCACCGGUGCUCCAUUUGUCACUUACGUCAUGUGGCACCUUCUGCUUGGUCACGUCACUCUCGGUACUGCCCUCGCGUCAUUGCCCCCACCGAAGGACAGGGACCACGUCUCGUUUUAUCAGCCAUCUACCGUAGCACGUAGUUUCGGUGUCCCUGGUGCCUAGCCAGCUCGUGGGUUAGGUCGCAUCUACCACUGCGUGCCACAGGUGAUGCAACACCCUAUGAAGCAGGUACUAUUAUCAUCCCCACUUUAGAGAUAAGGAAGUUGAGGCUUAGAGAAGCACACCACUUGCCCAGCAGCGCUAUCACCAAGUGCAAAUCUGAGCUCUAGACCUGGGUGUGUCUGGUAGCAAUAACAUGUGCCAGCAGCCAGCCUGGAGGCUUCUACCGUGGUGCCAUUUGUAUCCUCAAAAGACCCUGGGUGGUAAGAAUUGUUAUCCUUAUUUUCCACAGGCGUGAACUCAGGCUUACCGUUCAUGAUAAGAACACUCGACAAAGCAGGAGAGGAAGGGAACGUCCUCAACCCGAUAAAGGCGUCUGAGGAGACCCCACAGCUAAUGUAUUUACUGGUGAAGGCCGAAUGCUUUCCAUCUAGGACGGGCACAGAUUCAACACUGUCCUGGAGGUUCUAGUCAGCACAGUUAGGAGACACAUAGAAAUACGAGACGUUCCAACUGGAAGAAAAAAAAAAAAAGACACUAAAACUCUCUGUGUACAGAUGACAUCAUGCUAUAUAUAGAAAACCCUGAAGGAUAUACACGCGCACAUAAACCUAGUAGAGCCAGCAAAUGAGGUCAGCAAGGUCACAGGACACAAGAGCAUCACACAAAAAUCAGCUGCCUUUCUGGGCAUUAGCAAUACACAGCCCAAAAGAGAAAUUAAGAAAACAACUCCACGUACGAUGGCGUCAAAAAGAAGAAAAUUCUUGGGAAUAAAUCAAGCAAGUGCAAGACUUUUACCCUGAAAACUACCGAACAGAGUUGAGGAGUAUUAUUCUGCCCUCAAAGGGGAUGAGCCCUGACCCCAUGCUGCCAUAAGGAUGGACCUCAAAAACACCAUGCCACCUUGAAGGAGCCAGACACAAAAGGCCACACAGUGUAAGAUUCCGUGUAUGGAACACCCAGAAGAGAAUAAGUCACGUUUUCUUCCUCGAACUUGGCGAACAUGGAGGGAGCUGAUCCCCAGAGACGAGGAGGCCGUGAGCCCCCGGGAGGAGACGGUGGAGGCCCUGUUGGGCCUGGUCCGCAGCCCCCACUCCCCCUGGGCUCUGCUGGAGGGCUCCAGUGCAGAGGACCGUUUUCUGAGAGAACUGGCCAUCCGGAAUCCCCUGAUGCUCAAGGACACCUUCUUCUACUCCUACUUCAGGUCCCUACGAGUGGUGGACAAGCAGGUGAGCCUGGUGGAUAAAGACCUCCUGAAAUUUCUAAAUCUUGAAGAGUUGGUACUGAGUGCUAAUCAAAUCCAGGAGAUUGAUGCUGUCAACCUGCCCCCAACUCUCAAGGUGCUGGAGCUCUAUGGCAACGAGAUCCGCAGCAUGGAGUGUCUGUGCGCUGCCCCGCCCCCGCGACUCCAGCACUUGGGGUUGGGUCACAACAAGCUUCUGGGCCCCCUGGAAAGUCUCUAUGUCACCUCCAACCACUGGCCCAACCUCGUCUCUCUGGACCUGAGCUUCAACGACCUGACGGACCUGCAGGGCAUGAUGGCCAGCCUCAGCACCCUCCGCCGCCUGAGGCUGCUGGUGCUGCAGGGGAACCCGCUGGCCCUGCUGCCCUACUACCGAGGCUUCACCAUCGACAGCCUGUCCCAGCUCUGCGUGCUGGACGACAUCACCGUGUCUCCCAGCGAGAAGCAUCAGUUCCGGGGGCUCGGCCGCAGUGGGGACCUCUUGGCACGGCAGGCACAGCUCGUGGUGACCAUUGGAAAUGUCAAGGGGGUUCAGGACACCUCUGUCUUAGACCCGGAACCAGGGCCCCAAGGCCCUUUUAUCACUUACAGCUAUUAUGUGACCUACGAUUUUGUAGAAGAGGAAGAAGGAGAAGGAAGUGAAUAUGGUGGUGUCCUGGCAGAGAUCGUCAUGCCCUCGCCCAGCGCCGAACAGCUGGCCGAGGACAUUCCGGAGGACGUUCCCGAAGAGAUCUUCGAAGAGCACGAGGACUCUGCGGAGUCCGGGCUGUCCGCCCAGUCGGGAGAGCGCGAGGAUUCGCUCGUGUCGGGCGGGUCGGCGCCCUUGCCCGGGGCGGCCGACUCCGCGGAAGAGCUGGCCAAGCUGCGGCCGCGAAGAGACCCCCGGCUCUGCCCCUCCCCAGGGACCGUUCUCUUCAGCACUGUCCGCAAGCCCUGGACUGAUGUCAUCCCCUGCAGCUACGAGAUGCAGCACACACUCAAGGACCUGGUGCCACUCAAGGCUUUCCUGCUGGCGGGAACCACUGUGACCAUCGUGGAGGAGAAGAUUCUCUCUUGGCCUGCGGUGCUGCCUCCUGUUGACGUCCCGUUGCCUGCCAAGAAAGGAAAAGGGGAGAAGGACAAGAAGGGGAAGAAGGAGAAAGACAAGAAGGGAAAAGACGGGAAGGACACGGCAGGGAAAAGGGAGAAAGAGGUGGCAAAGGAACAGAAGGGAUCCAAGAAGAAAGAGCUUCCUAAGGAGCUCCGCCAGGACCCGCCCAUCCUGCGGGUGUUGGGCAGUGGCUUGGUGGUCCUGGAGCCCCUGCUGGCGGGGGAGCCACUUGUGUCCGAAGUGUGCAACUUUGGGGUGAUCCGCACUUUGGAAACUGACAGGCUGACGUCCCUCAGGGAUUCAAAGAACAAGAACAAGAGAGCUAAAAAAGAAAAGACCAAACCUGCGGCUGCAGUGUACGACGGCGACUACCAGCCCCAGCCCUUGACGGUGGAGGUGCAGAUCCAGCUGAACCAGUGCCGCACGGCCGAGGAGGCGCUCCGGGAGUUCGCCCUGUAGGGCGCGGGAUUAAAGGCUGUUCUGACCACCGCAGCUCCGCGUCCGUGUGGCCGCCGCGCCCGGGAGCGGGGGGUGGG